AUUUGUUUGGUAGCAAUGAACAUAAAAUCUGCAGUUUCAAAAGUUGAAUUGCUCACGGUCGGUACGAGAAAUCGCGCGCUUGCUCGCGGGAUAAGGCAGAGGGGAGCAAAGUGCGGCGAGGACCGAGGACGAGGAGGAAUCGAGAGGAAACGUUACGGAACUCGAGGGAUCAUGUCAGGGAAGGUGUACGAUGUCACGCCAGAACAGCGCGAAGUCGCGUUGUGGAGAGACGCGAAACGCAAGCAACUGCGCGAAAUGUACUUGAGGGACUCCGGACAUCCGACCAAGAGCCUCCUCUUUGACACAGGAAUAUACAGAUACGCCUCUGCGAAAACAGCGGUGGAAAUGUACUUCGUGCCUACAGCAAUAGGAUACAUCACGCGAUUUGGUUUCGUCCUGGGUGCCAUUUUCCUGACUGGAUUGGGAUUAAAACAUAGAAGAGAAAAGAGGGAACACAUGUAUCGCACCGGGCAAAUCCCUUACGAAGUCAGAACACAUAGAUUCUGUUAGACAGUUAUUUUAAUAGGAUACAGGCAGUUGUAUCUGUAUAACUAGAUUGUACAGCGAAAUAAACUAUUAUAACAAA